UUGCGAUUCAGUUUGGUUUGGCGGAAAAUUGUUUAGCGCGGUUUGCUGAGCGUUGUUCUCCCUGCACCCAUCCUCUCUCUCCGCCCGGGCUUCCCGUCCUGUUGUUUCGACGCCACAAAGCAUCGCCCAGCAAGAUGUUUGGACUCACACAAGUCGCUCGGCGUCCUGCUGUUGCUCUCGCCGUCGCCGGGGGUGCAAGUGCGUGCAUGCUGCGCAACACUUACCUUGACAAGAGCGAGCAAGAGCAGGGGGCUCUUUGCCAGGCACCAAAUGCCCCGCAGUCCGGGAUGAAGGGAGUGGCCCAAAGGCUCGGGGCGUACGUGCAGAACAUUGAAGAUCCAGACAAGAUAACCCUACGUGCUAAUAAACUCGGUGUCAAGGUGUACGAUGUAGUGGAUCAAGCAGCGCACAAGGCCGCUGGCGGCCUGCCCGUGGUUCGCGUUGCGCAAGCGUUGAUCAAAGCUCCUGUCGACGACGUGGCCCUGUGCUGGUGGCAGGCAGGCAGGCGGAAGGAAUGGGACUCAGUCAACACGUCAGACUCGCAACUUGUGCGCUCAUUGGCCCCUGACGCCAGGCUGGUGUAUAUGCAGGGAAAGCCGAAGAGGGGGGGCAUGAUUUCUUCGAGGGACUUUUGCUACGUCUCGCACAAGGCACCUCUGGAGCUGGUCGGGGCGAAGCCCGGGAGCACGCUUUUUGUGCAGGCCAACGCUGCGAAUGAGGUACCUCUGAACAACGCCAGCACUCGGGGAGAUGUCAACUCGGUCUUGCUGCUGGUGCCUGUCGACCCUAUCACCACGCGGGCGUACUAUGCGAUCGAGAUGGAUGUUAAGGGGUGGCUUCCAGUCAAGGUGGUCAAGGCCGCCGCGGAUGAAAUCCCUCUGACCCUAGCCGUCCUCCGGGACCACAUCGAGAAAGAGCUCAGCGAAGAGGCCUCCCUGAGUCCCGAAGCUGCCGCUAAGCACGCCGUCCAUAGAAGGGAGGACAGUGAGGGAAAGUCUGGCGGCGAGUCAAUCGCGGGCGCCUGGGCAACAAGGGAGGACUUACUCGAGACGAAGAAGCUGCUUGAAAAACAGCUAAAAAAGGUGUCCGCUGAUGAACGCAAGAUGGGAAUAGAUCUCUCGGAACUGCGAAAGCACAUCAAGGAGGAGAUCGCUGAGGUAGACAGGAGACUGUAGUCGUGGUCUCUCAUGUAAAGGUUGUGCCGACGCCGCCGUAUCCCUGUAGCACUAGACUUGACCCAUCUGCAGGAGAGUAUGCCACGGGGUACCAAGAAGGCGGGGUAUGUGGGCAAUUCCGUCCGGGGACUUGCUCGUAGGCAGGGGCAUCACACUGUAUUCCAUGCUACCACACCGUAUGCGGAAAUGCCUUUCGUGGUUGGCUGCUGGAGGAAAAGCGCGCGUGCGAGCACGUUUCCUGUCGUAUUCGACGAGCUCGUGACACUAACCGCCAGGGUAUGGAGCACGGGCGCUCUUUGCCUCAACAGGGAUGUUUCGAUGAAAAGGUGUUGGUCUCUCAGAUAUGUCAUUGCUCGAAAAAUGGAAUCCAUCAUCUGC